CCAUGUCCCAAUAACAAGAACUUGAAGCUGAAAACCUCCCUUUUAAAUGCUCAGAUAUCAUCCCUUCCUUUCGCCCCAAGGGAAAAAAUCUCAGCUCCAAUAAAUGGCAAAAAUUCAGGAUUUUACUCAAUCCCAUGGCACUUUCAUCAAAGGUACCUCCUUUUCUUCUCAAACCCUUUUCAAGACUCUAUUUUUAUCGCACAUAUUCUCAAUCAAAUCCCCUAAUCAAUCAAAUUACUUCAGCAUUUCACCAAGAUGAUAUUUUUCAAUUGCCUGAACCUCGUACACUGUCCAAUUUACAACCAACUCAUGUUGAACCAAUUCUUUAUAAUCUUAGCUCAAAACCCUUUUCGGCAAUUAGGUUCUUUGAGUGGUCUGAAAAUGUUAUUGGGCUUAAUCACACACUUGAAUCUUAUGCUUGCCUUGCUCAUUUGCUUCUCUUUAAGCGUAUGUUUGAUCCUGCAAGAUGGGUUUUUGGUAAAAUGGUUGAGAAGUUUGGGUAUUUUGAUUGUGUUUCUGUGUUUGAGAAGGGGUUUAGGAAUUACGAGUCGAAUAGGAGUACUGUUUAUAGCUUUUUUCUUGAGAAUUAUUGUAGGAUUGGGGAGAUUGAUGUAUCCGUUGAGUUGUUUUUUCAAAUGUGUGAAAUGAGUGUUCCAUUGUCACAAUAUGCAAUGUUGAGGUUUCUACGUUGUUUGGUCGAUUCGAGGUGUGUUAAUCUUGUUUUGGAUGUUUAUGGAAUCAUGAGAAGUCGAUUUAGUAAAGAGCAGACGCAUGGUGUUGACGUGUAUAGUUUCGUGAUGAAUGGUUUUGUAAAGAUUGGUGAGGUUCGACUGAGUUUAGACUUCCAUAAGGAACUGAUUAAGAGAGGGUUUUCAUUGGAUAUUGUUGCAUGUAAUAAGAUUUUGAAGGGUCUUUACGAGAGUAAGUGUACAGAUGAUAUGUUUAAAUUCUUCUUAUUGAUGUUAGAGGAAGGUCCAAUGCCAAGUGUUGUGACGUUUAGCACAUUAAUAAACAGUUACUGUAAGGAGGGAAGAUUAGAAGAGGCAUUCAGGCUUUAUGUUCUUAUGAUAGCAAGGGGUAUAGAUCCUGAUCUAAUUGUUUACAGUAUUCUGAUUGAUGGUCUGUUUAAGGCCGGGAAGUUAGGGGAGGGAGGUCAGCUACUUUCAGCAGCUUUAGAUAAAGGCAUUAAGUUAGAUGCAGUUAUUUUAAGUUCUAUAAUAGAUGCAUAUAUCCAAAAUGGAGAAGUAGCAAAAGGUGUUCAGACUUUCAAGAGAAUGUUAAAGGAAAGAGUCCUGCCAACUACAGUUACGUAUGGCAUCCUUGUGAAUGGCUUAUGUCAAAAGGAUCGGCUUCUUGAAGCUCUUGGUAUGUUUUGUCAAAUGUUGAAACAUGGUAUUGAACCAUCUCUAUUGAUGUACAACAGUCUUAUAGAUGGUUUCUGCAAGGCUGGGAAGCUGAAAGAUGGGUUUGGUUUGUACAAGGAGAUGCUUAUGAAGGGAAACAUUCCUGAUGUUGUGGUUUACAAUGUGAUUAUAAAUGCUCUUUGCAAACAGGGCUGGAUGUGUGCUGCCAUGAGAUUCUUUUACCAAGCUAUUAAAAGUGGUAUAAGUCCAAAUAUUUAUAUUUUUAACACAUUAAUUGACGGAUUUUGCAGAUUGAGACAAGUUAAUAACAUGGUAAACGUAUACAUGCAAAUGGGUGCUUGGAAUAUAUUACCCGAUGUAGUUACUCAUACAGUAGUUAUCAAAGGCAUCUGUGAGCAAGGGAGAUGUGAUGAAGCCCUUGCAUUUUUCUUCCAGAUGCUCAAAAAGGGUUUUCUUCCUGAUGUUAUUACAUAUUGCAUUCUCAUCGAUGGGCUUUGCAAAUGGAACAAUCUAACUGCUGGACUGCAGGUUUUUGAGCUGAUGACGAGGACUGGUAUAAAUCCUGAUAUAGCCUUGUACAAUGUUCUCAUUAAUGCAUUUUUCAAGGAAAGUCAGUUAAAAAAUGCUCUGGUACUGUUCAACGAGGUCUUAGAGUGUGGGCCACCGCCUGAUAUUGUGACAUACAACACUAUGAUCUGCGGUUACUGCUCCAUGAAGAUGUUGAAUAAUGCCAUUCAACUUUAUGAAGAGAUGAAACACGAACCAAUUGGGUACAACACUAUCUCCAUGACCAUUUUGAUUGACGCAUUCUGCAAAGAAGGUAGAAUGGAUGAUGCAAUGUCACUAUUCUCUGAAAUGCUGGAGAAAGGUCCAUCUCCUAAUGUCGUCACGUACAGCUGUUUGAUUGAUGGCUACUAUAAAUCCUCUUGCAUGGAAACUGCUUUUGACUUUCUCGAAGAGAUGCUCAGGAAUAAUGUAUCUCCAAAUAUUGUGAGUUAUAGCAUCCUGAUUGAUGGUCUUUGCAAAAGGGGGAUGAUUGAAGAUGCAUCUCUAGUGUUUAAUUCUAUGUUAAGCACUCAUAUAUUACCUGAUGUUGUAACAUAUGGGAUUUUGAUUCAUGGUUACUGCAAGGUUGGAAAAUUAGUGGAUGCCGUGUCCUUGUAUAACCACAUGCUAGAAGCUGGAGUUAUGUCAGAUGGUUUUAUACAAAGGAUACUGACAGAAUAUAAUCUUCAAAAUGAUCAUACAGAUAAACUGAAUACGCAAUUGAAGGAGGUGCAAGAGAGGGAUUCCCUUCAAUAGCUUCGUAGAAGUAUUUGAAUAGUGGAGAGGUGCAGUGUAUUGUUUUUGCACGCUGCUCUUGCUCCAAAUAUCCCUUUGGGGAUCUGUUAAAAUUAGAACGAUACAGAGAACAUUAGCAUGACCUCCGCGCAAGGAUGAUACACACAAACCGAGAAAUGCAGAUUAGGAAAAUGCAGCUAUGUGAAGUCUGCUUUGAUCCAUUAUUUUAUUAACACAAAAUUUUAGCGUCAUAGAUAUGCAUAUGAUGCAUCUGUAUAAAUUAGGAAAAUCUGUAUAGAGGUGAUGAAUUGCAGAUUCUAGAAGUUUUAUAUACUAGUGUACAUAAUACCACAUGAAGUUAAUUCAUCCCUUUUCUUGCAAAUGCAAGGCUACAGUUUUUGGUGCUAGUAUAGCACUCGACUGAGCAAUUUAAGUUUCUAAUCAGUCCAUUGCCUUAGUAUUUUCU